UGGCUCCUCCUCCACCGCAACAGCAAGAACAACAACAACAACAACAACAACACAGGAUGGCGAGAGGCCGGGGGGCGGCGCGCUCAACCUCUCCUCGCUGUUCCCAGCUGCUUUUCUGCGGCGGAUGAUGACCUCGGACGAGAACAUGUCGCCGCGGAGCCUGACCCAUCUGCAGCGGCUCCUCUCGUCGCCGCGCCCCUCCCCCAGGAACUCCAUCGCGUCGCGGUGGCGCCACUACCACGGCGCCGCCGGAUGGGAGGGCCUCCUCGACCCCCUCGACGAGAACCUCCGCCGCGAGCUGCUCCGCUACGGCGACCUCGUCCAGUACGCCUACAACGCCUUCCACUCCCUCCCCGACGCCUCCUCCCCCUCCCGCCACCUCAGCCUCCUCCUCCCCGACCGCUCCUACCGCCCCACCCGCAGCCUCUUCGCCACCUCCUCCCUCUCCCUCCCCAACGCCGUCCCACCCUGGGCCCCCUCCUCCGCCUCCGCCGACUCCUCUCCUUCCCCCUCCUGGCUCACCCAGCGCACCAGUUGGAUCGGGUACGUCGCCGUGUGCGACUCCGACCGCGAAGUCGCCCGCAUGGGCCGCCGCGACAUCGUCGUCGUGCUCCGCGGCACCGCCACCUGCCUCGAGUGGGCCGAGAACCUCCGCACCUCCCUCGUCCCCGUCGACGGCGAAGCCCCCGGCGGCAGCGCCGGCGACCCCAGCGCGCCCAAGGUGGCGCGCGGGUUCCUCAACCUCUACAAGACCCCCGGCGAGCGCGUGCCGAGCCUCUCCGACGCCGUGGUCGGCGAGGUGCGCCGCCUCAUGGACGUGUACAAGGGCGAGGAGCUCAGCGUCACGGUGGUGGGCCACAGCCUCGGCGCCGCGCUCGCGCUCCUCGUCGCCGACGAGCUCAGCGCCUGCGCCCCGCGCGCGCCCCCCGUCGCCGUGGUCUCCUUCGGCGGGCCCCGCGUCGGGAACCGCGCCUUCGCGGAGCGCCUGGAGCGGUCGCGCGGGGUCGGCGUGCUCCGCAUCGUCAACGCGGGCGACGUGGUCACCCGCGUCCCGGGGCUGCCGCACGCGCGGAACGGGUACGAGCACGUGGGGACGGAGCUCCGGUUGCACACCAGCGACUCGCCCUGCCUCCGGCCCAGCGCCGGCCCGGCCUGCUCCCACGACCUCGAGUCCUACUUGCACCUCGUCGACGGCUUCGCCGGGACCGGCCGCCCCUUCCGGCCCGACGCGCGGCGGUGUAUCGUGCGGCUGCUGCAGCUGCAGCGCGCCAGCGUCAGGGCGUCCUACGUCAAGCGGGCGUUCGAGCUCGGCAUCGACAGGAAGGCGACCGCCGCCACGGGGCUCAGCCGGUCAGACUCUUACGGAUGCGUCCUAAGUCCGUCGUGAUCAAACACUCCCUCUAUCAAGACGACGCCGUGCUAAUUACAACGACUUCUGGUCACGGUCGCAGUUGCGUUGCUGGCGCAUUAAUUAGCAUUUAAGCAACGGACACGGAUGACAUUAACAUUUUCAGAGAAAUGUU